AUGGCAGAUCGGGCCAAGAGAGAAGAUGGCGAAGAGCUGCCUACUAGCCGGAAGUCGAGCAGUACGAAUCAUUCCCCGGCCAAUCUGGUAACAGCGGAAGACUCGGAUACGCUCGACGGGGACGCACGCGAGGCCUACAACGUCUCGUCGAGGGCAGAAGAUGAACGUGUUGCGGAACUCGCCAGGUCCUUGAGUCAAGCGGGCGCCAGAUCGGCCGGCACUCAACAUGACAAGAAUCCCUUCCACUCUCCGGUCCCUUCUCUGGACCCCAACUCGGCCGACUUUGACCCCCGGAAAUGGAUCUCAGCUCUCCUACAUGCUUUCUCGAAGGACCCUGAUCAGUACCCUCGCCAACCACUCGGCGUCUCGUGGCGAUAUUUGAGCGUCCACGGGUUUGGAAGGGAUACUGACUACCAAAAGGAUGUGAUGAACGUGCUCUGGCGGGCGCCUCUGAUUGCCAAGGAGUGGAUCUCGAAGCGGCAGCAGAAGAUUCAGAUUCUCAGUGACUUCGACGGCUUGGUCCGGGGGCUCCAUCUCGACGGCAAGUCAAUGCUUAGCUAUCAAGGGGUGCCCUGGGCCGUGAUGCACAGUCGAUUCCGCGGCGAGGUCGUCUACCAAGCGGAGACAGACAUCCACUUCCCCCAGCUGACUGUAGGCCAGACACUCAUGUUUGCCGCUUUGGGAAGGACCCCCAAGAACCGGCUCCCUGGCGUUAGCCGCCAAGAAUACGCUCGCCACGUCAGAGAUGCUGUCAUGGCCGUCUUUGGCAUAUCCCACACAAUCAACACACGGGUUGGCAAUGAUUAUGUCCGUGGUGUGAGCGGUGGUGAGCGGAAGCGAGUCAGUAUUGCCGAGGUGAUGCUGAGCCAGGGUUCCAUUCAAUGUUGGGACAACAGCACACGAGGCCUGGACAGUGCGACCGCUCUGGAGUUUGCGAGGACCCUCCGGUUGUCGAGCGAGCUGAUGGGGACUACUGCUAUUGUGGCCAUGUACCAAGCCUCCCAGCCUGCAUAUGAUACAUUCGACAAAGUCACCGUCUUGUACGAAGGCAGACAGAUCUACUUCGGCCCCAAGGACAGGGCCAAGCAGUAUUUUAUUGACUUGGGCUAUCACUGCCCCGAUCGCCAGACAACAGCAGACUUUCUCACCUCCAUGACGAACCCAGAGGAACGAAUUAUCCGGUCUGACGUUAAGGACGUCAGGGCGGUACCGCAGUCUCCCGAUGACUUCGCCAGCGCGUGGAAGUUCGGUCAAGAGCGGCUGCAGCUGAUCAAUGAUAUCGCAACUUUUGAGAACGCGUCUCCUACCAAUGGCCCGGAACAUGAGAAUCUCAAGGCAGCCCAAAAGUCACGGCAAGCCUCGUUGACGAGAAACAAGUCGCCCUACACCAUCUCGGUCCCAAUGCAGGUCAAGCUUUGCAUGUCUCGUGGGUUCCAGCGACUCAGGGGCGACAUAACCUUCUUCACCAUCACUGUUGCAGCCAAUCUGGUCAUCGCCCUUGCACUUGGCAGCAUUUACUACGACCUUGCUCCCACCGCCGAGACACUCAACAGCAAGUGUAUCCUGCUCUACUUCGCCAUUCUGUUCAAUGCCUUGAGCUGCGCCUUGGAGAUAUUCUCGCUCUAUGCGCAGCGCCCAAUCGUGGAAAAGCACUAUCGCUACGCCCUGUACCACCCAUUUUCCGAAGCAAUCUCGUCCAUGAUUACCGAGCUUCCGAGCAAGAUCCUCUCGGCCAUCUGCUUCAACGUCCCGUUGUACUUCAUGACAAACCUACGUCGAGAGGCAGGCCCCUUUUUCAUCUUCUUCCUGUUCAGCUUCACCUGUACAUUCACCAUGUCGAUGAUCUUCCGCACCAUCGCACAAGGAUCCAAGUCCAUCCAGCAAGCCCUGACCCCAGCCGCCGUGCUCAUUCUGGGACUUGUGAUAUACACGGGCUUUGUCCUCCCAACAAGGAGCAUGCAAGGCUGGCUUCGCUGGAUCAAUUACAUCGACCCGAUCGCCUACGCGUACGAGAGUCUUGUUGCCAACGAGUUCUCCGGCCGGCAGUUCCCCUGUACACAGUUCGUUCCAAUGGGCCUGCCCUAUAUGGAUGCUUCUCCGGCACAAAGGGCCUGUGCGACGUCGGGGGCCCUCCCCGGUCAGGACUUCAUUGACGGGGACUUCUAUAUCAACAAUCUUUACGGCUAUUACCACUCCCACUUGUGGAGGAACUUCGGCAUCCUGGUUGGUUUCGUCGUGUUUUUUAUGGUAAUUUACAUUGCUGCAGCCGAAUACCUGUCACUCCAUCCCAGCAAAGGUGAAAUCUUGGUCUUCCGCCGGGGGCAUGGCCACAAAUCGCCCAAGUCAUACGCCAGCGACGAUGAGGAGUCCGGAGCAGUUGGUCCCGUCCGCAUUGAGGGCAGGGCGACAGAGGAGCAUCGAGGAUCAGACAAUGAAGCAGCUGGGCAUUCGGAUGAAAAGGAGAAGUCCGAUUCCAUAUUCCACUGGAGCAACGUCUGCUACGACAUAUCCAUCAAGGGAGAGCGUAGAAGGAUUCUAGAUCACGUUGACGGAUGGGUGAAGCCUGGUACUUUGACAGCGCUGAUGGGUGCCACCGGAGCUGGCAAGACCACGCUGUUGAAUGUUCUAGCGGAUCGGGUGACGGUCGGUGUGGUGACUGGAGAUAUGCUUGUGAACGGCCGGCUCCGACAGAAAUCAUUUCAACGACAGACUGGGUACGUGCAGCAGCAAGACAUCCAUCUCGAAACGGCAACAGUGCGGGAAGCCCUACGAUUCAGCGCAAUGCUUCGACAGCCCGCAACCACGCCAACGGCAGAGAAGCACGCUUACGUCGAGGAUGUGAUUGGGUUACUGGGCAUGGAGGCCUACGCGGAAGCCAUGGUCGGUGUUCCCGGCGAAGGCUUGAAUACCGAGCAGCGGAAACGGCUCACCAUCGGCGUCGAGCUCGCAGCCAAACCAGACCUCCUCCUGUUCCUGGAUGAGCCGACCUCGGGCCUCGACAGUCAGACGUCUUGGUCAAUUACCGCCCUGAUCAAGAAGCUGUCGGAUCACGGACAGGCUAUCCUGUGUACCAUCCAUCAACCUUCAGCUAUGUUGUUCCAGCAAUUCGACCGGCUCCUGCUCCUCGCCAAGGGUGGCCAGACGGUCUACUUCGGCGACAUUGGGGAAAACAGCAGGACGCUUACCGGCUACUUCGAGAAGCACGGAGCCACCCCAUGCGGCGUGGCCGAGAAUCCGGCCGAGUGGAUGCUGAAGGCCAUCGGGGCUGCGCCGGGAGCCCGGGCGGAUCGGGACUGGCACGAGACUUGGCGCAACAGCGGCGAGUAUGCAGAGGUGCAGGAGGAACUCGGGCGGCUAGAGGCACGGCAGUCGUCAACAUCCAACCCAGGGAACGAGGUCGACAUGUCGUCUUCUUACGCCACGCCCUUCUACCUUCAGGUCGCUGUCUGCACCAAGAGGGUCUUUCAGCAGUACUGGCGGAGCCCGUCAUAUCUGUACGCCAAGUUGUUCCUUUGUGGUGGCAUGAGUUUGUUCAUUGGUGUGUCUUUCUACCAGGCCGAGCUGUCCAUCUCCGGGCUCCAGAACCAGAUGUUCUCCAUAUUCAUGCUCCUCGUCAUCUUCGCCUUCUUGGUGUACCAGACCAUGCCACACUUCAUCAUCCAACGACAACAGUACGAGGGCCGUGAGUCUGCGUCGCGCAUGUACUCCUGGCACGUGUUCAUGCUGUCCAACAUCGUCGUGGAGCUGCCGUGGACAACCCUGGCUUCGCUUCUAAUCUUCUUCCCGUUCUAUUACCUGGUGGGUAUGAACAACAACGGGAUACCAACCGACUCGGUCACCGAGCGCGGCGGUCUGAUGUUUCUCAUUGUCUGGACCUUCAUGCUGUUCCAAUCCACAUUCGCCGACAUGUGCAUAGCCGGCGCCAACACAGCUGAGGAGGGCGCCAUCCUGUCCCUGCUCAUGUUUGCGCUGUCGCUGAUCUUUUGCGGCGUCAUGGUCCCUCGCUCGGACCUCCCGGGCUUCUGGAUCUUCAUGUACCGGGUGUCGCCGAUCACGUACAUCAUCAGCGCCAUGCUGUCGACGGGCGUGGGCCAGAACGCGGUGCGGUGCUCCCAGCUGGAGCUCCUGGUCUUCCAGCCACGCGCCAACCAGACGUGCGCCGAAUACCUCGAGUCCUUCCCCGUGGGAGCCGUUUACAACCCGUCCGCGACCGAGAACUGCCAGUACUGCCCCAUGGCCAGCACGGAUCAGUUCCUCGCUUCGACCGACAUCUUCUACAGCAACAGAUACCGCGACUACGCCCUCAUCUGGGCAUACACUGUCUUUAAUGUCUGCGCUGCGUUUUUUCUGUACUGGCUUGUACGCGUCCCCAAGAAGGGUGACUGGAGAAAGAUGCUUGGUAUUCGAUAA